AGGAGCGUGCGCGUUCCAAAGCAAUUCAGUCUCUUCCCAACCACGCGAAGACUCAAAGCCUUCAGGCAAUGUUAUUAACUUCCACGAGAUUAAAUUAAUUUUUCAUUUCACUCUCCAGUGAUUCGGUCACUAAAUAAACCAGUAAAAAUUAGUAAUCGAGUGUUGAAUCUCUUUGUUUAUAAAAAAAAAUAUAAUAAUAAGUGAAAGUAAUUUCGGUUAAUUAUUGUUGAUACACCGUGACGAGUCCUGUCUCACUGACAUCAUGGAGCAGAGUAAUAUAUCGAUUGUGACGUCCAAUGGCAUCACUGAGACUGCCAACGGAAAAGCUAAGACAACUAUCAGUCUGCCCUCGGCUGCCAGACUCAGCAAUGCUGCCAAGAUCAAGGCUCCUUGGUUGAAAGACCUCUUCCAGGAGGAGUCCUCGAGGUGGGAUACCUUCAAGUGUGGAUUAGCCGAGUUUAUUGGCACUGGUCUCCUCGUAUUUCUGGGAUGCAUGGGUUGCGUCGGAAGUUUGGGUAAUGCACCCGCUCUUCUCCAAAUAUCCUUUGUAUUCGGCUUGGCUGUUAUGCUUAUCAUCCAGAGUAUCGGUCACAUCAGCGGUGCCCACAUAAACCCAGCGAUAACCGUUGGUUCGGUUGUCCUUGGCAAGAAAUCUCUCACAGCAGCUUCCGUGUACUUCUUCGCUCAGUGUCUGGGCGCCAUCGCGGGUUAUGGAAUGCUGAAGGUAAUUACACCUCAGACGCUCCUCCACGCUGGGGAUCCCUCUAAAAUCGACAGUUUCUGCAUCACCGAUCUCCACGAGAGCAUAUCAGUGAUUCAAGGUCUCCUCGGAGAAAUAAUGGCGACCGCAAUUCUAAUGUUCAUGACCUGUGCGAUUUGGGACGCGCGCAACGAGAGGAAUACAGACUCGGUUGCCAUCAAGUUUGGUUUGACUGUGGCUGUUCUCUGUAUGGCUGUGGCACCUUAUACGGGAUGCAGCAUGAACCCAGCGAGAUCACUGGGGCCUGCGAUAUGGAAUAACAACUGGAGUCAUCACUGGAUCUACUGGUUUGGACCGCUCGGAGGAUCGCUCGUUGCUUCCGUUCUCUACAGGUCUAUUUUUUCGCUGAGACCUGAGGGCUCGGGCAGGUCGGGAGAGCAACAGAAGGCUGAGAUUUGAUUUCCUUCACUUUGGACUACAGUACUGUAAUUCCUAGGGGUAAAAAAAUUGCCUGCAGUGGUUUCAGAUCAAGGGAAACCAAAGGAUGGAAUCGCAAAAGUGAACUAAUGAGUGACAUCCAUACGACGACGAGGAAAUGAAAGUGAGAAGUUAACCAGCACCUCCGCCGGGCUUUCGACGAACUUUCCUCAGAUAUUAAUUGGGACUUUUCUGAGAUUUAAAUUCGUUACCGAUGAAUGGUACAUUUCAAAGGCCCGCGUUAUAGUUGCCACUCAUUGUCAGAGUGAAUAUUUUUAUACGAAAAGAACUCAAAUUGAGAAGUGAUAUAAAAUUAGAAAAUUACCUACUCAUAUAUUGCGUUAUAUUAGGAGAACAAAAAUUGACGUUUAAGUUUACGGAAAAUUGUCAAGAGGAGAUGAGUUCAACACGUCAGAGAGAAUUGUUUGUAGAGCAUGAAAUCCUACAAAAAUAACUUACGAAAAAUUUCAAUACUCGCAAAAUAUUAAGUUUGUUUGGUGAACAAAAAGUUUUCGUUAAUUAUCAUUUCAUUCAUCAGUGAUAUUUCCAUCGCAGGGACAUAUCAUCUGAUUGAUCGAUAAAAACUGAUAAAUAUUUCUGAUUAUACCGUAAAUUAUGAAAUUCACGAUGGGAUAUUUAUAGACAUCUAUUCAAUCAAUAAGAAGAUCCGAAAUAACAAAUAUUUGUGUCACUUCCAUUACUGAUUAACCCAAUAAUCCACAACUUUUUGUUGCGAUGAAUGAUGGAAUUAUUAUUACUCGAUAACGAGGUAAAAUACAUCGAUGAAAAAUGGAUACUAUGACGCUAUUGGUAUAAAAAAAGUAAACAGAAUGUGAUGAAACUUGUUUUGUAGAUUUCAAAUAUUCGAUAAAAAAAUUUUAUGACACUAGUGAAAAAAAGGGCACUUCUUUGCACGCUCCGCGGGCAAAGAACCGUCGGUUUAUCAUCAGUAUUAUGAAACAUCAUACGAUACCUAUGAAAAAUAGUAUAUUUCGAUACGAGUGUGAAGUUGGCCGCACGAGGUGGAGCCAAGGGCGGCCAAAUUUACCCCUUUUCACUUUUUUUAAUACUUUUUUUCACUUCUAUCGUAAUAUACUAUUUUAACCCUCUACGUAUACACCUCUUGGGCACUUGUUCUAUGGAUACACUGGGGUGAUUUAUCACCCCGCGCUAUUGCUACAUUCACACUUUUAUGAUAUCCUCUACUGAAGAGAUUCAUAUCCAUAGGAUUAGAAUGUAUGCAGUUCAAUUCCACGAAAAAAUAAUUUAAACACUGAGAGAAAUGUCGAAAAUUGGAAUACAGUGCAUUUAGAUACGAGUGUGUAAAAGUGUUUUUUGACCCAUGAGAGGUGAGUAGCACUUGCCGAAUUUUUCCCACGAGUGUCGAAUCCUAUUUUUCACGCGAAGCGUGCAUAAAAUUUCACUUUACGGACGAGUGAUGAAAAAUUCUAUUUUUAAAACGCUUCAUAGUUUUUUUUUUAAUUGAACUCAUCAACAAAAAUCGAAUGGUGUUUUCACGUAGAGACCCCAUGCUCGAGAUUGAAGAAUAAACAAUAUUGAUUUCUCAAUGGAAUGAAGUAACGUUAAUGCAAAAACCACAAACAUUUGACACGAAAAUUUUUGCCUCAAUUUACACGUGACGCAGAACUGAGGUUUCUGCUGAGCCAAUAGUACUCAGAAACCUCUAAACAUAAUUACUAUUUGACAAUCAAGAAAAUCCAGUGGGGUGAUGAGUGACCCCAGUGUAUCCGUAGAUACUUAAUGACUGUCGUUCUUUAAACCAUCAUUUAUCUCAAAAACGAGUGACUUCAGGACGAAAUGUCAGAAGGUUUUCUUCUAGUUUAUUAAAUUUCCUACAAGAAAUGUCUUCUGACGAAUUUUUCUAAACCACUUCGUGUCAAAGAUGCUUUCAAAGUGCUGAAUUCGAUGGGUAAACAGAAGCAUUUUGUAUACUCAUCAAUUAACUCAGAAAUCAGUGAGAGAAUAAAAUGUAGAGGAGACUUUUACAGAAACUGAAAUUGUCUCCAAAGUGAUCUCUAAAAUAAUGUUGAACUCACCUUCUCCGAGCGUUUUAAUUCAAAGCGAAAUUUAAAAAAAAUUAAGGCGAAUUUUUAUCAAGUGUUAUUGUAUUUUAGAGUGCUCCAUAAAACAAUGAUUAUUCAAAUUUAUCGUCAAGUUUCGUAAAACCUGUUUUACGUUUUAAUGGAACUUGUUGUAACGAAAUAACCACCAGUGAUGCGCAUUUGAGGGAAUUAGCUUCAACCGACUUUGGCCAGAGAUUACAGGGGAUGAGUUGAAGUUUUAAUUGUUCUCACCCGAACUAUAAAUUUUCAAGCGUCGGUGUACAGACCGGUAUUACUUUGCUCGCGACCAUCGAAAACUUUAAAUUAUACACUAUAUUAUAUUAUACAUAUCACCCUUCAGUAAAGUUGAUACUGUCUUCGUCAUCGUCCUUUGGUUCAUGCUGGGCUGGAUUGAGAUUUUGUAUUAUUAUUUUUACUGAUUACAGAUGUAAUUAUCAUUCAAUGUUCAAAUAUAUUUAAUACGAAUUUUAAUUAA